AUGUCGUAUUAUCAAAACCCUAAGGGUAGUUCAGGCUUCUACCAGCCAUCAAGCCAAUUCGCGUUCCCACAAGGGUCCAUGUCAUUUCAAGGUGCGUCUUCCACAAGUGCGAAUGGUGCUGAUUCAUUAGGUAUCAGUCCUGAUCCAUUACCAUCUGGCUUAUUCAAUGCAUUAUCAACAAAGGGAUAUCCUCAUGAACCCCCUCUUUUAGAAGAAAUUGGUAUUAAUUUUGCUCAUGUUAUUACGAAGACAAGAAUCGUUUGUAAUCCUGUUAGCUCCAGAAACAUUUUAUCCGAUGAAAUUUUAGGUGAUUCAGAUUUGGCAGGUCCACUAAUUUUCUUCUUACUAUUUGGAUUGUUUUUACUGUUGGCUGGUAAAGUUCAUUUUGGUUACAUAUACGGUGUAGCUCUAUUCGGUACGGUCUCACUACACAAUUUAUCCAAAUUCAUGGGCAAUAACGAAUCUGGUUCACCUGCUAAAUUACAAUUUUUCAACACUGCAUCUGUUCUUGGUUAUUGUUUCUUACCAUUGUGCUUUUUAUCGCUAAUUGGUGUCUUUUUAAGUUUGGAUAAUACUUUGGGUUAUGCUCUAGGUGCCAUAUUCGUGGCUUGGAGUACUUGGUCAUCAUCAGCAUUUUUCAAUUCUCUUUUACAACUCCAUGAUGCUAGAGCUUUAAUUGCUUACCCACUACUCAUUUUUUACACAGUCUUUGCCCUAAUGGCUAUCUUUGUAUAA